CUCCCACGAUUCAUGCCCACUAAUGAACAAGGUGAAGAGGUCAAAAGUCAGAUAUGGAAAGAGAUUGAUUGCAUCAGAUCCGGUGACUUGAAGACAAUGAAUUUAAGGCAUUCUUUGUCUCGUUGGCAUGAAGUUCUUGUGAAGAAACUUGAAUGUGGCCGGAAUUUUAAUCGUAUCAUAACUAAUUGUUCCAAGAAAAUCCACUCAUUGACAUUAAAUCUACAACCUGCUGAGAGUAUGGAGACAGUCGACUGUGUAGCAAUUGAGAAACGUCUGUUGCAUUUACAAGUAAUCAUGAAUCAAACUGAUAAAAUGCUUCAUGAUCUUCAAACAAUUGAUUUCCGAACAUCCAUCAGUCAUUCAAUAAAGUUUAUCAAUCUUGUCAAUCAGCUUCUGGUACUACGUCAACAGAAUAUCGUUCAACGUGUAUUGUACAAUCGUUUGAAAUACUAUCUAUCCGAAUUACAAAACCCGUCAACAUUCCAUCGACGUCUACUACACGUAUUUAAACUUGGUACAGAAGGCUGUCGACAAAUUACAAGUGAAUUAAUGCGUAUAUUGAAUCUUACAGGAUCAGUAGAUGAUGCGACUUAUUGUGAUGAUAAAAUUCAUGAGUCGUCUAUGGAUUAUCAGUACUUAGAGAAGCCAUUGUUUAAAAUGCAAAUAAAAUCUCCGGGACAGAGUGGUUUGGAACAGCUAUUUUGUAAACUUUCAUUAGUCGAUAAAUAUUGUUCUGAAGCUCAAAGUUAUCUUAGUCAAAAAUUUUCAUGGUUCCCUUUAAAAUCUGGAUUAUCAUUGAAUAAUCAAUAUGAACCGAUGAUUGGUUCUGAUGGAUCUGAAAGCUACCUGAAUGAAUUAAUUAAUCAACUUGUCAUAUCUUUAUUAUGUCCAUCUGUAGUUAAAACAAAAAUUGAAACUUUAUCUGGGGAAUCAGAAAAAUUGAGAAAUGUUCUUUCUGCAUUUGCUGACAGUACAAAUGAAAUGAACGCUUUUCGUGAUCAGUUAUGCAUAGCCAUCCCUCAAUUAACUGGAUAUCAUCUAACUAAUUUAUCAAAGGCUGUAGAUGAAUUAGAACUUUGGGCUAAUAGUAAAUUAAAUGAAUCACAUUGUCCAAUGGAUCCUGUUGAAAAAAGACAUCCACAGCUAGGAGCUCAAUUGAAACAUGCUGGUCAACGAUUAAUGGAGUUAGAAACGUGUUUAGAGCAUAGUCGUGAAGCUGCCAAUAUUCUCAAAUUUUUUGAACAUGAAACUCAAAUUUGGUCAUCAGCGUUAUCACCGUCAUCAUCGUCAUUACCUGGUAAACGUGAAUCUAGUCAAGAGGUGGCAAGAAAACGUGGUCUACUCUUACAGUCGAAUUUUGAAAGUUCACCAGUAGCUUGUAGACUGCAUACAGCAUGGAUGAAACUGACUCAAUUAGGCGAUCGUCUUGGUCGAAUACAAGCCGGGUUGCCUGUCCGACCUUCUGGAGAAAAUGGAACUCAGGUUUGGGUAAAUAAUGAAUUCUCCCCGGCGACUAGAUAUACACAAGUCGUCUCUUCAGCGGUGGAAAAUCACGAAUUACAAGUUUCACCGGCAAUACUACCACCUCAUCCUUCGCCUCCUUCACAUCGUCAUAUUUCUCCAGUACAAACUCAAUCGAAUUUGCCAACAAAUUUAAGAAGUAGACUAAUCAAGAAUGAGGUAAACAGAAAUACCAGAUGGAAUAAAGAUAAUCAUGAGUUUCCACAUAAUGUCAUUAGUGCUGAGAAGUUACGUCGUAGACAAACUAAUUUACGUGAUGCACUUGGAUCGCAUCAAUGUGUUUAUCCUGAUUGUAAAGAAUCACGCGAAGAAUGCUUACGUACUCAUGUGGGUGGUUGUAAGAAGGAGAUGAAUAUUGAAGACAAAAUUGAGUAUAUAUUUAGAAAGAUAAUAAACUUACAUGCCUGUCUACAGAAAGAUUACAAUGAAUCUUAUCAUUAUGAAGUCUAUCAGAGAAGAAAUUCCUCAAUAUCUAAAAGUGAAUUAAAUCGUUUAGUUAGAUAUUCAUGUCGACGACGAUGGCAUAACUCAUUUAGCUUGAAAUCAGAUUAUGAAGAAUUAAAAAUUCUUAUUGAUGAAUUAAUGAAUUCUGAGUAUCCAAAAAUCAAUAAAUUACAAGAAUGCUUUAAAUCACUGGAAGAUUUAUGGUUUGGUAAAAUGAAUUCAAGAGAGAACUUAAACAGACGUGUCAACAGAUCUAGAUCACGAUCUCGUGUUUCAAAUGAUGAACACGAUUAUAAUUCGAUUGAGUCGAUCUAUGAAGAUGUCCGAGGUAAUACUAAUGAAUUCCGUCACUAUAUCCAGCAAAACGGUACUUAUUCUCAUUCAACUAUCUCUCCGCUUAAUCCAACUGCUCCACCUAUUCCACAUACUUAUGACUCUGUUUCAAAUGACUAUGAGACUCCACAUACUCAGAAGCCUUGUCAAUCAUAUAAGGAUAAAGCGGACAAUUUAUCAAAUGAAGAGUUCUGUGACUGGACAUGGCGUGAAAUAAGAAAUCAUGGAUCAGAUGCACAACCUCUUGUAUUCCCUUCUUCUGAGGCGGUUAAUCGUACACAUCUAACGGUCAGUGUUGCAAGAUCACAGGAUCCUUGUGACACAAAAGUUGUCCCGUUGAAUAGUCAGAUGUAUCAAUUCUCUAAAACGCCUGACUUUCAUUCAGGUACAACACCGUCUGAGAAGGUAUCUAUAAAUACUAGUGAAGAUAGUUCAGAGAAUGCACCCAGCAAUAUAAAGAACGGAAUUCCUGUACACGCUAAAAAUACUACCGAAGUUCAUAUUCAGCAAAUUAAACUACUCCCAUUGAAUACUGUUGAUCAGACACGAAGAUCAACUUCCCCUGCUUCCAUCCAAAGAGACUGGUUAUCACAGCCUAACAGAACUAUCAGUGAAACUCCUUGCUUAAAUAAAGAUGAAACGCAUUGUGUAAAAGCCAAUCAGUCUGAUGAAAUCUAUUCUUAUUAUAUGCAACCAGGUGAAAUAGCUGACAGUUCUGUGGUGACCACAACAAGUCGCAGAGCUUACUUAGAUUCAAUUACACCUUCCUCAAAAAUAAACGCGAUGCCACAAUAUAUUGGAUCCAAUGAAUUCGAUCCCAGUUACAAAAAUAAACAUAAUCCACCAUCCACUAGCCCAAUACCUGAUGGUCAUAUCACACCUAAGUCAACAAAUGUCAAACUUUGUGUCAAUAAACCAACAACCCCAGAUGUUAACAGUCACGUUUCAAUUAACAAUUAUAUCUCAAGUUCGUUAGUUGACAGUACUGUUAGCAGAGAGGUCAUCCUGGAAGUUCCAGAUGUUUCGUCUAGUAAAAAUCUGGACUUAGAUCACAUUUAUAGAUCUACUCACACCAAUUUCAUUACUUCAGAUAAACAGCCGCUAAAUGUCUCAACAGAUUCAAGUAAGACGGAAAAUUCAGUGAAUGGAAUAAGUACAGCUUCACAACAUAAAGUUACAAUUUCGGAUAUACCCGCAGCUGACAGUUACUCAUCGCGAUUAACAAUGACAACAACAACAGUUAACAUAAACUUGCUUCAACAUAAAUCUUUAGAAGACAAACUGAAAUCGUCUGAAGUAACAAACGGUACAGUUCCUUCAGAGAGUUGUAUAACCACUUCUAAAGCAGAAUCAGUUCCUUCUCCGUCGUCAUUUUCACUUUCAACUUAUUCUUCCUUAUAUAAUAGCACAAGAAGAGCAUUCCAUCAAAUCUACCAAUGUCGCCAUCUUGACACCACCACCUGUCCUACUGCUAAUGACAAUGUUGAUAACGAUGCUACUGAUAGAAGCAUGAAUUCAAUGUGCGAUUUAUGCCAACAUAUGACUAAUUUGCAUACAUUAAUUUCAAUAUUACAAUCACAUUUAUUAUCGAAUCGACAGAAUCGACUGUGCAAUCUAUUACCUGUGGAUAUAGAAUCAUUCACACAGACAUCAUCAUCAAUCUCUUCGUUAUCUACCUAUUGGUCGCCUAUAAUUAAAGAAUAUCUAACAAUAAUACACGAAAUUAAAUCAGAAUUGAAUUCAUUUCAAUCCUCAUCAUCUUAUCUUGAGUGUAAAAUUGUUCACUUACCUGAGUAUAAGUCAAUGGAUGAUUUAUUGAAUAUUUGGCAGUGUAGAUUACAAGAUUUCUUGUGUCUUCGAUCAUCGAUUAACUCCGCCUCCGGUGUCAAUAUACCCCAGACACGUUGGCUUACACUAUUUAUUAGUUUAAUACAACAUAAUGAAAUUCAAGUGGAAUAUUUAAAGUCUGUAUUUACAAGUCUAAUACAUUAUAUCCAAAAUGAUUAUGAUGAAUCGAAUGAGAGUGAACCCGAAGCAAAUAAUACUAAUAAUGAUCACAAUCGCCUAUUAACAAACAGUUAUACAUCAGAAGUUGUACAAAGUCAUGAUCAUUCACAAAACAUUAGGAAUCAUCUUCCUACUGAGAGAUUAAGAAUCUCAUUGAAGCAUGAGUACUUAGAUGAUUUGAAGAGUCGACUAUUUGCUCAUGAUUUAGUCGACCAACAAACUAUUACAUCACCUAUCCAACUGUUCCCUUCAUUCAAUUCUUCUCUGUUGACUUUACCAACUGUUAAUUUUACUCCUUCUUCACGAUCUAAAAGAGAAGAGGAGGGGAAUACAUACAAAAUUCCCUCCACUGUUAUGAUUACCGGUGUUUAUGAAAAGAAUGAUAAAGAUGGGGAAUCACAAACAUCUCCUAAACUGCAUGGCUCUGGUACAGUAUCAUUUGAACAACAACAACAAACACCUAAUUUUCAUCAAAUUGUUACUCAUAACAAAAGUAGUAGUAGUACUGAACCGUUUACUGGUGAAAUUCCUUGCGGAAAAAGUAUUCAGAAGACUGAAACUCUUGAAGAAUCUAAAGACAACUGUAAUGAAACAAAUUGGAUUACAGUACGCAGAGGUAAACAAAAAAAGGCUAAAAAACGUAAAUACAAAAAUGAAGAUUAUUCGAAGGGAAAGAAUAGUAACAGAACUGGAAACCCUGAUAAUGCUGAUCAUAAAGAUCCACAUCAACUUUAUCAUAGUGUAAAGGCACCUGAGUUGAUGCAAACUUCACAUGUAGAUGAAAAACAAAUAACAAGUGGAGAUAACCAAGUGGACAGUUCACUAUACCUUAGAACCUCAACUCCAGUUUCAGAAAAAUUGUCUAGUACUAAUCAGAUAUACUCACAGGAGUUUUAUGAAGCGAAAAUCCACACAGCUAAAAAUGGUGGGAGUGAUGAGUUGAACGAUAUGUUGUCUUUUCAGCCUAAAGGCUGUCCACCUGAUGUUAGGAACCGAGGAGUCAACAUAAGUGGUGAAUCAAAACGAACAGAUAGCCUGAUUGGUAAAAACAAUUUAAGAGAGGACAGUAAACCUGGUCCCAAUGAUACCGAAGCAGACGGAAGAGUGAAGGAAGAGGAAAACGCAAACUAUACCAACAAAUCCGAUGACUUGGCGUCGUGGAUAUCCAUGCAGUCGGAUAGUUCACCAUCAGUAACUGAUUUAAAUAUGGUUUUUGGUGUGAAUACUGUUGAAGACAAACAGUGUCGUGUAGGCGAUUUUCCUAAGUUUUCUUCUGAAGACAGUAAUCUAGCUUCUAUAAAGUAUGCAACAGAAAGGAUAGAAGUUUGCAACAUUUUUAAAAGUGAUGCUACUGAUAAUUAUAAAACUACAUUAACCCCGGUGAUAACAAAUCCACCUGUCGAAUUUGAUACCCCUUUGAAGUCAGGGUAUCAUUUGGAAAGGAAUAAAAAACAUGUUCAACAUUAUGAACAUGGCACAACCGACACACAUUUCAAGGCAUCUGAGCUAAAAGUUUCAAGGGAUGCAGGCGGGGUGAAGGGGAUUAAUAGUUCCGGGACAGAGCCUAAAAAUAAAUCCCAGUCAAGAAAAUACACAAAAGUUGGCUUCAUUCAAAAUGAUGAUCAUGAAGUACUGAAUAAGGAAAUACUGUCAGAAAAUGAGAAGCAAAUUCCUUCAACAGAAGCAAAUCGCUCCAGCGUUUCCAAGGAUAAUGACGAAGGUGAUAUAAGUGCUUUAGUCAAUAUUUCUAAUGCAAGCAAAACUAACAUUUAUUCACAUAUGUUAGAAGAUAAUACAGAUGGUGGACAAUCUUUGAAAUCGAAAACGUUAGGAUUGGCGAAUGAUGAUAGCCUCGAUAAAAAUGUGAUCAAAGUGUCUCAUAGUAAUAUGACUGCUAAUGCAAGUUCACCAUCUUCACCUGUAUCCACUUCAAAUGAACCAAUACAUGAUUCUAAUAAAGUCCCACCGUCUAAAAGAAGAACACGCAAGACUAACCGUAAAGCUGCGGUAAGCCGGCAUCUAAACAAACGUCUCAUGGCCAAUAACUUAGAGCCAACAGCUAUGGUCGAUCAGUCAUCGAAAUAUCAUGCUGCUGCAAGAGGCGUAUCUACUGAACACACCAGUAUGUCUUUAAAAUCCAAACAACAUUCAGAAUCAGAUAGUGAUGCAACACCAAAUUCCUCAUUAACCCGAACAAUACCAACAUCGGAAGUACCUACAACAAUAUCCCUGAGGCCUGCUUGGUCUGAAAGUUAUCACAGUAGUUUUACAUCUGAUAAAGAUAAGACAGAUAACAUGUUUCAUGAAGAAAUCAACUCUGCUACUUUCCAACAGCAUGAGGAUAAUCGGACCAAACAAGCUUGUCUACCACCGACAGGAUCAAGUAAAUGCACAAUUUCCUUUGAGGAAACUAAUGAAAGCAGUUCGAAUAGUUUAAGCCUUACUGACCGGGUGGUUGUUGGUCCUUCACGCUUACCUGAAGGUAAUUUAAGUAAUUAUGAAUUUGAGACAUUCAGCAAGUCUAUCGAGACAAGCAAAUAUCCAUUGAGCAGCAGUAAAGAUGAAAACAUUGAUUUAGAACAAAAUGUUUAUAAGCAAAGGAAACAGCUGGAAGAAUCACAACGAAAACGCAUAACGAAACUAAGUCGAUUUUAUCAGCAUGAAUCUUUAAAGAAAGGAAAAAACAGUGAUUCAGUCAGUAGAUCAUCACAACGCUGUCAUGACAACAAUGAUGAUAAUGAUGAUGAUGAUGACGACAAUAGCAAUAAUAACAGGCAUGAUCAACAUGAAUUCCAUUCUGAGAGAAGAAAUCCUCAACUGACAUAUGAAGUAGAAAAUGUUUAUGUUUUACGUCAGAUUCCCUUCAAAAAGCAGGGUGAAUUUCAAAAUGAAUUAUCAGCUGAAUCAAGAAAUGCUGAAAAUACUAUCCAACAUAGUGAUGGGAUACACUCAUCGUCUAGUUUGUUUAAAAAUGAAAAGAGAAAAAAUGAUUCAUUCUUGACCGAUGAUGACUAUUCACAGCUUAAGAGACGACAACAGGUUAUAUCAACAAGUGAGACCGAGGAAGAUAAUUUACAAAGAAGUAUUUUCUUUUCUUUACAAGAUUUCAUCAUUAGCUGAAAUCGGUUACAGAACCAUUGGAAAACCUGCAUGGAGUACUGGAGAGCUGUUUCGCCUUACUUUGGGACUCCUCAUCGGUACACACCCACCGAUGUCAGCUCAUAAUGAAAUCCUGUAACUAAUCAAAUCCCCAUAAACCAACACUUGAAUAUCAAUCUGGUGCUCACUAGCGACUGGACCUACUCAGGUGGGUAGUUGCCUGGGUCCUAGCGAAAAGUUUUGACCAGUGGGUGUACAGCAGGUCGGGUGUGAGAACAAAUGCGCUCCACCGAUGACAUUGGCUAGUGAUCGUGGCAUAUUGUGAAUUGGCAGAAGUUGGAAUUCAUGGUCUAGCAAUUAGAUCGGAUCCCAGUGACUUAAUGGUCUACGAGCUCGCCUUGUAAGUAGAAGGUUCUGGAUUCGAAUUCGGUCAGUGAGUACUGUGAGGAGUCCCAAACUAGGACGAAACAACUUUCCAGUACUCCAUGCAGGUUUUCCAAUGGUUUUCUAACUGAUGUCAGCUCAUGAUGAAACCCUGAAACCAACCAAAUCCCUGUAAAUCAACACUCUAAUUUUAUUUUCUGUCUAUACUCUAGGUAGGUAGGCUUUUAUUAUUCAGAGAUCAGUGAAUAGUUAAGUAGUCUGUUAUAAUCUGAUAGUUUUAAAAGAUUUUUGAAGUCUAGUAAGUGUUGACUGUCCUCAUUAUCACCUUUAGUGCCAGUGUCAUUUUUCAGUCCUUAUUGUUUACGACUUGCAGCUGACAUAAUACGUAAAUCAACACACGAUUCUUCUAGUAACCGAAAGUAUCUGGCAUCUUGAUAGUUUUGCAAUUAAUGGUUUUCUUUGAGCUGGUUGGUUUAGUUGUGGAUCUUUCGUCGUCCUCCUGGGCAACAUCUUCAGCACAAUAUUUAGCAUAAAGUCAAAUGAUUUAAAUUUCUUCAUGAGUGAUAUAAUUGCGUCUCCCGAUAACCAUCUUUACCUAUGUAUUGACCAUUUUCUGUUGACAUGGAUUUUAAACUUUCUGGUCACAUGAUUUACUUUUUAUCACUUGGUAUAUUUGGUCUAUAUUAACGUGUUUGUUAAUUGCAUAUUCAUUUGAGUACCAGGCGUCUAGGGAUUUCCUGGAACUUUUGAUGUUUCGUCUGUCUGAGAUUUCGACAUUAUCCCAAUCAAAUUGAUGUCCAUAAUUGUCUAUAUGCAUUGAUAUGAAAGAAUAUAUAUCGUGUCUUUUCACGGCUGAUUUGUGUUCUUGGAUUCUGAUUCGAAGGGGAUGCCCACUCUGGCCUAUGUAAUGCAUGUUACAGUUGAUACAAUUUAUUUUGUAAAUGGUAUUAACUUUAUCUCCUUUUUCUGUUGGAUCUUUCGGUUUGCAUAAUAUCGAAUUAAGCGAUUUGACUGGCUUGUGUGCUAUAUCUAUAUGAAACGAAUUCAGUAUUCUAGCUGCUAUUUAGAGAUAUUUUCAUGUAUGGUAGUUAGGAUGAAUUUUCUUGUGAUCUUUGAUGAUGGUUCCUUGUUGGUGUUGUGAUUCGAUUUUAAACACUUUUUGAUGAAAUUUUGUGGAAGACCGUUUGUAGGUAUUUUUCUUCCAUUCUUUCCAACUGUGGAGUGCUACAAUGUGUUUGAACUCUUUUAAACAAUGUCUGCACACAGUUUCUCUUGUGAGUAACUGGAUUAUUGCUAGUAUAGUUGAUCAUUUGAUCUGUGUUCGUUGAUUUUCUGUCUACUUGUGUUUCUAAAUUUUCUGUGUUGGUUCUCUUGAUUAAGACAUCUAAAAAUGGGAUUUUGUUAUCUAAUUCUUCUUCUCUUGUGAAUUUGAUGUCUUCAAAUAUGUUGUUUAUUAAUUUAUGGAUAUAUUCUAAAUUAUUUCUCUUAAUUAUUACAAAUGCAUCAUCAACGUAAUGCAGUUUAUUCAGAUAUAUAAGGAUUAUUUUGACCGAAUUCUAAUUCAUUCAUAAUCCUGUGUAUUUGGAGAACCUAGGACACCUCUAGCCCUUAUAUUCUUUUGACCAUUUUCAUGGUAAUUUUAAACAACUUCAAACAUUUACUUCCAUCAGAUGGGGAGACUGCACUAAAAGUGUCAAUCAGGUUGUAAUUUACACAUUUCCGUAAGCGAAAAUUAUGAAAGAGUUAGAAUUUGAAUAAGAAAAUAGUCAGAUAGAUGCUUGUAAUGGUAAGCGAGGAAAAGAUUUUCAAAGGCAAAACAUUUUUUAGAGAUUAUAUCCACUGUGAUUGUAUUGGCUGAACAGACUUUUUUGUAUUCACAAGUCAUUUAGAAAAAUAUAUGGGUCGUUAUUGCUUUCGGUUCAUAUUAUUGCUGCGUAUUCUGUAAAUACAUACAAGUUAACUGUAGCGUCUUUGGUUCAAUUGUUUCCAUAGUUGUAACUACAAAGUAAUCGGAUGACUUUAAUUACAAGUUGAUAUUAGUUGAACACAAUAUUGGAAAUAAGCAACUUAUUGGACCAAUUACUUUGUUACUUUUUUUCCGUAAAACUAUAACUGGAAUUAUGUUAUGUUAUGUUGGUGAAGUUCAACAAUAGCGUCUUAGGAGUGCGAACGCUCCAACGACCUUGAACGCAUACUAGUCGUUGGCUGACGACACCUGUCACUAUCAUAACUGAAAUAUCAACGCUAUUCACCAACUAAACGGCAAAUUUCAUUCAGAUCACGUUUUUAAGUAAUGUUUGGACAAUAUGUUAAUAGUUCGUUAGGGUUAGGAUUAGGAUUAAGGUAAGUAUUGAGGCUACGGUUGCGUUGGUGGUAUAGCGGUUAGGACGCUCGCCGACCUCGCUGAGCCAGAAAUAAUGCUUGUGAAGAGGAAAGGUUAGGUAUAAGGCUAGCAACCUCAUCGUAUAAAAUAAUGACUACUACAGAAACUUCAAGUCAAUAGCUUGAAGCCCUAUGUUCCACUGGGGAACGUGAAGGAAGAAAAUUAGGGUUAGGUUCAGGAUCAGGAUCAUAAUUAGCAUUAGGGUUAAGAUAAGGGUUGUAAUUAGGGUUAGUGGUAAGUUUAGGAUUAGGAUCAGAAUUAAGGUUAGGGUUAAGACUAGGGAUAGAUUUAGAGUUGAUGUAAUUUAUUUCAAUUUGUUUUAUUAUCCACAUUUUCCUGGUAAGUAGUCGCUGGUCUUCUUACUGGAAACCAUAGUAAUUCAACCGAGGACUUUUGGGGAAGACUGCACAACAGGAUAAGAGAGAUAAACAGUUCAUAAAAACAGCUUAUGUUUAGCCUCCUCGGUGAAUACAUGUACAGGAACUAGUCUAACCUAUCGACUGAUACUCCUCAUUAUAACUGGGACGUGUCUUUAAGCCGUGUCAGAAAAAGAUACCCUUUUUAAUGUGUUUUCAGACAUUUUCUUGUAAAUAUACGCCAUUUUUUGUGCAAAAAUCACUAAUGUUUAUGAUUGGCCAGCUGAAGGUCACUCGUGCGUUCGCAUCCCUUGAGACACUAUUGUUGAAGUUUACCAUUAUGUCAUCUCUCAAGACAUGUAACACAACCAGAGAUUGAUUUUUUAAACCUACCAACUUGGAAAACAGCAUAACUCAUUUUCAUGCUUCAAAUGAAAAUUACACCCAAUUCAUAUUGAUUAGUAGUUAGUCAUGGUUUACAACUUUCGAUAUUUUUUAAAAAUAAUUAUUUCUUUUUUUCUUUUGCUUCAGAGAAGAGUUAAUCAAUGCCAAGAAAAGUACAUUAAAACGAAGAUGUUGUCGAUUAUUACCAUGGCUUUUAUUAUUACUACCACUCUUAUUUCUCUUCUUUGUCUUGUUAUGUACAUUCGUCAUACCUGGUUGUCCUUUACUUCUACCAUGGUUUAUAUGUGAUGAAAGAAGUCCAACUGGAGAAUGGAUUUUCAGGUCAUUUGUAGUAUUCCGUAUACGUGAGCCACCCUUUUAAAUAUUAAAAACAUAAACAUCAUUAUUGGAACAGGUUCACUAGUAUAGAUCAAUCCACAGCCGUGUGUUUGUUUAUCUUCUUUCCUUUCCAUUCACUACUCCUCAUUAUACAUCAUCACCUCAUAAAAACCUCAUUGAUAUAUUGCAUUUGUGAUUUAUAAUAUUCUUUGUUUUAUUCUACACUUGGUUGAUGUACACAAGUGACUCUCUAUAUAUAUUUCUUUUCUUCCUUUUAUAUACUCAUAGAUUGUAUGUUCAAUAAUAGUAAUAGUAAUCACAAUUGUUUCUAAUCUCUCAUCUCAUAUAUUUGUAUACACAUAACUAGUGUGUAGCGUGAGAAUUUCACUCACUCACUCUCUCUCUCUCUCCCUCUGACUGUCUGUGUAUAUGUGUGUAUAGUUCAGUACUAAACUGUGAUAUGUACACACAUAUCUGUGCACAACAUCUACUUAACUUAUACCUACCUGAAUGAAUACCUGAUUUUUAUACUAUACUAUUGCACAGAAAUUCAUUUCUCCCACUCUUUGUCACUCUUAUCACUCCUCCUAAUCAUCACAGAGAAAAGGAUGGUGUGGUGUGGUUUGCUACCGUCUUCAUUCUGUGUUGCUGUUUUUCUUUUAAAAUUUUUUUUUUUCAAACAUUAGUGUAUCAUAAAGUGAUCUUGUACACUAUCUAUGUCAAGUGUGCUUUUUAUUCCUUCAUUUUUACUUUGUUUUAAUAUGUACAGUAGUGAGUGAUGGUGACUAUUUUUUUUUAAAUUUAUUAUCUGCGCCAUCCACUUGGUUUAAUAUACACUCUCUUUUUUUCUCAUUUCAUCAAACACAUUACUUUUCACUUCUCACUUCAUUUAUAUACGACUUUGUAUUUCUUUAUUAAAAUCUUUUUUGGAUAUUUUAAAUAUUGUAUGAAAUAUAUUUUCAAAUUUGAAGGAAAAAAUAAUGAUAAUAAAAAGAC